AAGAUUAGAGAAGCGGGUCAACACCGUUAGCGCUGCUGAAUCUUUAUCGUAGUGUGAAGCAAACGCAAGCUAACGCAGCUCAGUGCGUUGUUUUUGAUCUGAGAGUGAAAUAACGACGUUUAAGCUCAGUGACUACACAUGGGAUCUGGAGAGCUGGGGCUGGACAGUGCUUUCCAGCUAUUCCUCUUCAGCACAAGGCUUUGAGAGGGAGCUCAGGAUUGGGCCCGUCUACGAGUCGCCCAGGAUGUCCAGGCGUAGUCUCCGUCUGCACACCAGCACGAGUCACUAUGGAGACGACAGUCUGCUUGACCCGUCUCUUCACCACGGCGCCCCCCUCAGCUGUGACAAGACACCGAAGAGCAGAAGAGCUCUUUCAGGGACAACACAGAUUUUUCAAACUCCGAGGUCUGCCUCAACGUCGAUCCUACAGGCCCAUAACAGCACUCUGAACAGCUGUGCGCCCAGCGACGCCUCUCUGCUGUCCUCUCUUCUAGAUGAGUCCUCCAUACAGGAAAGCACCCUAGUUGACCGCUUCUGGGGUUUGGAUGAAGACCGUGAUGUUAAGGACCAGAUUAUAAUUGCACACCACAGCACAGUGGAGGCCAAAACGCAGACCUCUACAGCACAGAACGGCUACAGCUGCAAAGACUGCUCCAUCACCUCUCCCUCCAAGGACAACAGUUCCCUUCAUAAUGCUACUGGGCAUCAGGCGUCUUUUACAGAGACACCCAGCACAGCCUCCUUUCCAAACACUACAUUAUACUGCAGGGACAAGAAUCGCAGAUAUAAGCCAGGUGUGAUGGGGAUGUUGUCUGAGGCGUGCCUUCAUAACAGAAGGAGAAUCGCUGCAUUUGUAUCGUACAUAUGCACUCUACUGAUGCAGGUGGCACUGCUCAAAGACCUGCUGUUAUCAGUGUUGCAGUGGUGUGUGCGAGUGUGUAAGCGAAUCGCUCACUUCACAGUCACUGUGCUGAGGAAGACAAUGCGGUCUGUGCAGCAGAAGAGAGCCACAAAUGGCUGUGCUAAUGGAGGAAUCAUUCAAAAGAUACCUGGUUUACCGGCAUUUCGUCGUCUUGAAAUUGAAGUUGCAAUAACGGAUAUAACUGUCCGUAAACCAGGCAAUGAGAAAUACUACAGCAGUAUGAGUGUUAAAGAGGUAGUGCUGCAAAAGGAACAACCGAAGAUUAGCGGCAUAUUGUGGAGGACAACCUCAGGAAGCUUCUUGUGGCUUGUCGAUUUCUUUUCAAAGUGUCUCCCUAUGCUUUCGAAAGUCCUAUUUCUUGUACCUUUCCUUCUGUUUCUUGAUCUGUGCUACUGGGGGCCGUCUGGACUGUUAGCCAUGCUGCCUUCUGCUAAUGUGAUGGUGUGGAAGGACGCCUCCUACGUCACCCCUUCAACCACCUCCAUGCGUGACUCAGAGGAGGGACAAUCCUCCCCUGACACAAACACUCAGAGGCCCUCAGUUCUGUCGUCAUCAUCAGUAGAGGCAGAGAGGUUGAUGCGUUUAGAGGACAACUUGUCUCAGCUGUGGGAUCGAGUAACGGGGGGUUUGCUCAGGCAGGAGGAGCAGCACACUGAAGUGCUCAGUCUGUAUAACACGCUGCGCUCAGAGCUUCACAGUCGCACAGACAGAGAGAGUCUGGGCCAGUGGAUUGGAGACCUGCUGGAGGAGAGAUUCAGAAUGCUGAAAGGCGAGGUGCAGAAAGAGGCCAAGGACACGCAACAGCGUCAGGAAAAGCAUGCAGAAGAGCAUCAGUCAGAGAAUACUCGACUCGCUGAAGCUGAGGCUCUCCUUCAAACAUUAGCAUGCAAAACUGAGGAGUUGCAAAGAAAACAAGAGCCUGCUUUUAAAAAGAUUCCUGAGGCUGAGGCGCCCGCCCCUGAUCCACACAGUGAGGAGGCUGAGAGCAGCUCCAGUGAGGAUUUGCUGGUAGAGGUGAGGCGGCUAGAGGAGACUUUGGAGCGCAUCAGAGAUGAUGUGCAGGGACUGAUGGGAUGCAAAGACAAGUGUGAGCAGCUGGACUCCCUUUCAAUCUCAGUGUCCGAGCAGGUGGAGAAGGAAAUCAGGUCUCUGUUUUAUGGCAGUGACCGAGCGGAAGAGCUGGAGCUUCCUAAAUCUCUCCUGCAGUGGCUCUCUGAUCACUUUGUGAGCACCACUGAAAUGCAGGCUUCGCUCAGUACUCUGGAGAACAGCAUUCUGGGUAACCUGUCCCUUCAGGUAGAGGAGGGCCAGUCACCUUCUAAAGAGACGAUCACCCAAACUGUACGACAAGCCACAGGGGAGGCAGGCCUCUCUGAGGAACAUGUACAGUUGAUUGUCAACAAUGCGAUGAAGCUUUAUUCUGAAGACCGCACUGGUCUGGUGGACUAUGCAUUGGAAUCUGGAGGAGGCAACAUCAUAAGCACACGCUGUUCAGAGUCCUUUGACACCAAAACAGCACUGCUGAGUCUGUUUGGCUUCCCGCUGUGGUACUUCUCCCAGUCACCACGUGUAGUCAUACAGCCAGACGUGCAUCCUGGGAACUGCUGGGCAUUUAAAGGAUCACAAGGUUAUCUGGUGAUCGGGUUAUCCAUGAAGAUUGUGCCUACAGCCUUUUCUCUAGAUCAUGCGCCCAAAUCCCUGUCGCCCACUGGCAACAUCAGCAGCGCCCCACGAGCGUUCAAUGUAUAUGGUCUUGAUGAUGAGCAGGAGGAAGAGGGGCAGUUACUCGGACAGUUUGUUUAUAAUGAAGAUGGAGAUGCUCUUCAGACCUUCUUAGUGUCUGAGGAGGUCUCGAGAGGUUUUCAGAUCAUUGAGAUGAGAGUGCUGUCUAACUGGGGUCAUCCUGAAUACACCUGUGUGUACCGUUUCCGGGUUCACGGGAAGCUUGUUGAUGAAUGACUUGCAAGCGCUUAAGAUAUUGUAACCUCCUUACAGUCGGUCACUCAUGCACAGAGAAAAAAAAAAGGAAUUGAGCUCUUGAGAAAUAAUGUGCCAUGAGUUACACAGUUGGGCCUGAGAUGACCUGAGGACGUCUGAUAAAGGAUUGCAUGCUAGUACAUGUACUGUUAGGCCUCAGGGCCAGAUUCAGCACUUGCACUCUUCUGAAACAUCACACUGUUUCCGCUAUUGUCAGUCAUCAGGGUAAUGCUUAUCUUUCUUUGUUGAUGUUUAUUAUUAUUAUUAUACCACCCUAUCUGGCAGAAUUGUCACCAGCAAAAAAUGCA